AUGAGUCCAACAGCAACAUCAAAUCUCUAUGGGAUUAGAGAUCAAAUAAAAUUUUACAACAAUAUUUAUAACACAAUUCAAGAUUCAAUAUCCUCAAACUACACCGAUCAUGAUGAAAGAAUUUAUCAAGAUGUUUCAAAAAUCAUUAACUUUAUUGAAGAAGUUUCAAGCUCAUUCGAAAAACAGCCAAUAAAGGAUGCUAUUUUACUAUUGGGUAACACUGGUGCCGGUAAAAGUACAUUAUUAAACUAUUUAAUGUUUGACGAUAGUAACUUUAUAAUCGAUACAAAUUCUUUUGAUGGAGAUAAUAUUAUUCUAAGUGACAAGUCUUUGGGUGUCGAGAUCGGGGCUGGUACUGGUUCAACAACUUUAGUUCCAAAUUUAAAAAAAACAAAUUUUGGUAACUUUUUAGAUUUGGCAGGUGACAAUGAUUCAGGUGGUAUAUUGGCAGAUAUUUUAAACUCUUUUAUCAAAUCAAAUCUUGGUAUUGAAAGGGUCAAA